UUUAGAGCUACUCUACAAAAUAUUGUUUUAGUAAUGUUCACGACCGAAAUUACGCCAAUUAGUUUCCAUGUGUCCUUUUCACAUACAAUUAGAGACUAAACCCUCCUGCUCUGUCAGUCUAAUGUCGUGCGCACCUCUUUCAGUGCCACUGUUUUUGGCUUCACACUUUCCGUCAUGCGGACUGCAUUAAGGUCAUUUGCUCUCCACCACUCACUUAUUUCAAAACGUGCCUGUUGUAGUUUUGAUAGAAUGGGCUUUUACUGGUCAUUCAAAAUGCAGAAUCACAUUUGCAAAAAUCAGGUUACUGUCUUCUGGAAUUGUAUUUUAGCAUCCGGUUUGUUGUGCGAUUACAAGAGUUUGGGGUUAAUUGUAGGCUACAUGUACAGCAAACGUCAAGUUAUGAGAAAAUGACCUUUCUAAUCCUGGUUAAUCUGCUUUCCAAAACAAUUUUAUAAGCGCGAAGUUUAUUCCACAUCAUUUGUAGAUAAAUGCGGUGUAUACAAGCAGUAUUCUGCUCAGAGUGUUGAGACGGUAAUUGCUUUAGGGCUGGAAGUCUUCAGUUGGUUUUUGACUUUUAUGGCACCAAGGCGCAUUUGACGCAUUCUUUUGUAAGAUGCCCCCUCCCCCGCCUUCCUCUUGUCCCUUUAGUAGGAGAAAAUUCAAUGCAAUACAAAUGGUGAAAGGAAAUGCACAGACGGUUCCCUUUCAUAACGAAAGCUAGAGGAAAUGAAAAGAAAACAAAUAUUUAAGAAGCAUGCACUACAUUAAAAACAACAUUGCCUGUCUUUUGCAUUUAAGCUUCUUGACUGACAAUCAUGAAGGAAUAUAUGUAAUGAUAUAUUCUUUAAUUUUUCGGCCUUAAAAUAUAAUUCCCUGUAUUAUAAGACUGAAAUACAAGGCACCAGAAAGGCUCAGAAUAAAUACAUUUGCUGCUACACGUGGCUUGAAGCAAUGUAAAGCAUAAUACAUCACUGGCCAUUAUCAAACAAGUAUUAACACUUACAUUUGUUAAAACAAAAAAAGAUGCAGGAGAGUUUUACAUGUGAAGCAAAAUUCUCAGAUAAUUUUCACUCGUAUUGUAAUGACAAACUGAGACAAGUUGCACUGUAAUUCAGCGUUUUGGUUUAAACAAAACCAUUAAGCCUAUCACCCUUUAAGUGUCAUGCCAAUGAAGAUACUUUGCUACGGGUUGUGAAUGGUGUUAAUAGUGCGGGUGAUUCGGUAUAGCACCUUCUAGUCCAAUUUAACAUCCGUAAAAUUAAAAUAUUUCUACUCACUGGCACAAGUUGUUUGUUUCCCUGACUUACACUGAUGCAUUGGUAGCAUAUUUAUUGAUUGCAUAUGUAGGUCAUAUCACUAUUUUUUUUAUCGAAGAGAGACACGAGAGAGAGAGAGAGAGAGAGAGAGAGAGAGAGAGAGAGAGAGAGAGAGAGAGAGAGAGAGUCUGUUUUCCUUAUACAUUAUCAACUGAAGCCAGUGGAAUAUGAAGCUACAAGCUACAUAUUCCUCUGUAUACAGCGCUCUCAAUUGGUGGAAACUAGUCAGGUGACGUUGUCAUAUUGUCUUUCCUUGAGCCAAGCCUUGGCUAUAACACUUGGGUUGCGCGUCUUAACCGGAGUCUUGAAAUUAAAAUUAUUGAAAUCCUACUGAACUUAAAAAAAAAAAAAAAAAAAAGAGUUUGCAAACCAGGAAAGAGACACGCGCGAGUAUAUGGGAGAGGAACAUAGACACUUAGACGCACAGUGAGGAAACGUGAGAGCCUGAGCAAGGGGUAUUUAGAAGGGAGACAGAGUUGAUGAGAGGGCGAUAGGGGAAGGAAGGCAUGAAUUCGUAUUUCGCGAACCCGUCACUCUCCUGUCAUUUAUCCGGUGGCCAAGAGGUUUUGCCUAACAUGCCACUAAACACGACCACGUAUGAUCCUGUCAGACAUUUCUCGUCUUACGGCUCCACUGUGACCCAGAACCGGAUUUACGCGUCCCCUUUCUAUUCGCCACAAGACAACGUUGUAUUCGGGUCAAGCCGGGGACCGUACGAGUACGGAUCUAAUGUGUUCCUCCAAGACAAGGAAGUGCUUCCCAGCUGCAGGCAAACUAGCAUGGGAAUCAACGCGCAGAGCCACGUAGCUCAGGAAUACAGCCUGGAACACGGUCGAGGCGUUGCGCAGGAGCAAAAAGGGAACCAGAUCCAGAUCUAUCCGUGGAUGCAGCGCAUGAACUCGCACAGCGGAGUUGGGUACGGUUCUGACAGAAGGAGAGGUCGACAGAUUUAUUCCCGAUACCAAACCCUGGAGCUUGAAAAGGAGUUCCACUUCAACCGCUACUUGACCAGACGCAGACGGAUAGAGAUUGCCAAUGCUCUUUGUUUAACAGAGCGCCAGAUUAAAAUUUGGUUCCAGAACCGCCGCAUGAAAUGGAAGAAAGAGACCAACCUGACUUCGACUGUAACUGGGACAGACUCGACGGGUGCUGCCCAGGGAGAAGAAAAACAGAGCAAUCAGGAGGAGACAGAAGAAGUUAAAAACAAAGACUAGUAGAUUUUUCCCCUUAAAUUUGUAAACGCCUGUUUAACUGCAACGUAACUACCUAUAAACUCUCAGAAAUGCAAUUAUAACUGCAUGGACUGUGUAUUCUGCUAUACCUUUACACUCAUUUCCUGACCAUUAUCACACAAAUAUGUGCAGAGAGAGAGAGAGAGAGAGGUGAUAUGCAGAAUUAUGCUAUUCACUCUUUGUGUGUUAAGAAUCUGUUUUGCCUCAUUUUAGGCAGUUUAGAUGCAAUAUCACAGACGCUGUUGUUUGGCAACCAGUGUUAAUAUUAUAGUGUUCAGUAGGCUUGUAAAUAGUUACUCUGUAAACUAAUUGGGUCAAUGGGCUUUCUCAUUGAUUUUGCAAACGCAGUAUUCCAAAUGUGAAGGAAAUUUAGUCUAUGCACAUGACUUAUUUUGUUCACGUUCAUUUAGCACCAACACUGGUGGGAUGAACCAUGCUACCUACUUUCUUAAAAUCCACGUUCUUGGAUUUUAAUCACUUCAUCCUGUCAGUGCGUGGAUGUACAAAACGCCGGUGUACUGCCUAAAUAUUUACUGUUCAGCUAAUUUCAUACCAGUUCAACAUACACGUAUUGUCAUGAUUAUAAAGUUGUCUUAA